UAUUAUUAAUAUAUUUAUUCAGCUAACUUGGCGGAACCAAAAGCCAUUUCCAACAUCAGCACCGAGCAUAGCAGAGUUUAAGGUUUGAAUUGAGGUUAAGGAUUUAUGAUUGUGAGAGAGGAUAUCAUGGAAGUUGAGGCAGAGAUUGAUCGCUUGCCAAUUGACUUGUUGGCUCAUAUUUUUGUUAUGUUCACUUCCUUCACUGAUUUGGCCCAGGCUAGCGGUGUUUGCAAGAAAUGGAAACAAGGGGUGAUGGAGUCUCUUGCUCGCAGACACAAUCUCAGCUUUGCAGGUUGGAAGAUGGAUGAUGACUCCACUGCUCGCCUUGUUUAUCAUGCCUACAACCUCACUAAACUAGACAUACCUAUGAGUCGUUGGGGUUGCCAAAUAACUGACGCUGGACUUCUCAGAAUAUCUUUUGCUAAGUGUGUCAGCAAUCUCACAUCCAUAUCAUUGUGGGGUUUGACUGGCAUCACAGAUGAAGGUGUUGUUCAACUGAUAUCUAGAACUAGAUCUUUACAACAUCUGAAUGUUGGUGGUACAUUUAUCACGGAUGAAUCUCUGUUUGCCAUAGCAAGAAGUUGCCCAAAGUUGGAGACCAUAGUUCUUUGGAGCUGUCAUCAUGUCACGGAGAGGGGACUUCUUGCACUAGUUGAUAAAUGCCUGAAGCUCAAAUCAAUGAAUGUAUGGGGAACAAGAGUUCCCGAGCACUGCUUUAACAAUUUACUUAUUCUGAGUCCAGCCCUUCAGAUAAAACUAUGAAACUCGACGCACUACAUCUGCAUGUAUAGAAUGUUGAUGUUGAUUCAAUUCAACAGUGGUAUUUUCACUGCUUAUUGUUUCCUUCUUGUGUUCAUAAAUUCAACUUGCCUGAAAAGCUGAACAUGUCAAAGUCCAUUCCUUACUGUUUAGGAAAUAUUCUGUUUUAGUGUAUAUAUUAUAUUUAAUCAAGUGGCUAUCCUGUAAAGGAUAAAUUCACAAAACAGGUCACAUUGUUCUUUAUUGAUUCAUUUAGUGAAAUAUUUCAAUGUAUCUA